CCGCGUUUACGCGCAGUGAGUCCCUCCACACAGCACAGCCCAGAGGCGGCAGCAGAGAAGCACCGAUAUAUCACACACAAGAGAGAGAACGCAUCUGUUCUGUCCGUGUAGCCUACAGCAGGUGACUUGGCUGAGCAUUCGGAGAUAGACACAAGAGUUCACGACCUCAGUCACUCAAGAUGAACUCAGCCUAAAACCGUGGGUGUUGAAGAUGUCCAUCGUCACCUUGGAGGUGGCCUUGGAGGUGGCCUCGCCAGUCUCAUCCUUGAUAGAGACUUUGAGCUGAUCCUGAGCCAAACCAGUCACAGUGUCUCCAGCAGACCGAGGGAGUGGGCUCAGCCAAUCAAAGUGAUUAGCAGACUCGGACAGCCAAUCACGGCGACUCUAGCAACAUGACGACCAACCAGCUGUGGCCAACUGAGAAGGGUAUAGAAAGACUAUAACUGCCUGUCUACCCCAUCACCCUGUACCCCUCUACACCGCCCCCAUCAACUCCCAGUCUCUACCCCCUCAGUUCAGUAAGCACCCUCUAACAGCCUCCAAAGCCCUUCUUCCACCAUGACCAAUAACAGCAGCUCCCCUGGCAUCUGGGAGACCCCUGAUUGGUCUGAGUCAGGCCAGUGCCCGCCCUCGGUGUGCGGGGCCACAUUCCUUAUUGUGGCCUACAGCACGGUGAUCGCGGUGGGGUUACUAGGCAACGUGGGCCUGGUGUUCAUCAUUGGGCGGCAGAAGGAGCUGCGUAACGUCACCAACAUUCUGAUCGCCAACCUGUCCUGCUCGGACAUCCUGAUGUGUGUGGUGUGUCUGCCAGUCACCGUCAUCUACACUCUGAUGGACCGCUGGGUAUUGGGGGAGGCACUCUGCAAGGUCACUCCGUUUGUACAGUGUGUGUCAGUGACGGUGUCUAUAUUCUCCCUGGUGUUGAUUGCGUUGGAGCGCCAUCAGUUGAUCCUGCACCCUACUGGCUGGUCCCCAGCAGCAGGCCACUCCUAUCUGGCCGUAGGUCUCACCUGGUUGGUCGCCUGCUUAAUAUCCCUCCCCUUCCUAUCCUACAACAUUCUGACUGACGAUCCCUUCCAGAACCUCACACUGCCCGCCAACCCCUUCAGGUUAGUGUGUGUGUGUGUGUGUUUGAUUGUGCAUGCCAGAUGUAGGACUCUCUCUCUCUCUCUCUCUUCCUCUCUCUCUCUCUCUCUCUCUCUCUCUCUCCUCAGAGACCAUGUGAUCUGUAUGGAGAAAUGGCCGACAGAUAGACACCGUCUGGCCUACACCACCUUCCUGCUGCUGUUCCAGUACUGCGUCCCCCUGCUAUUGGUGCUGCUCUGCUACCUCCGCAUUUUCCUACGCCUACGUCGACGCAGGGACAUGGUGGAGCGGAUCCGGAAUGCCCGAGGAGCCCAGAGGAUCAAUGCUAUGCUGGCGGCCAUCGUAGCUGCCUUCGCCCUCUGCUGGCUGCCGCUCAACGUGUUCAACACGAUAUUCGACUGGCACCACCAGGUGCUGCCCGCCUGCCAGCACGAUGCUUUGUUCUCUGCCUGCCACCUCACUGCAAUGGCCUCCACCUGUGUCAACCCUGUGGUGUAUGGCUUCCUGAACAGUAACUUUCAAAAGGAGUUGAAGGUUCAGCUGCAGCGCUGCCACUGUGGCUUGGGGGCGCCAGAGAGCUAUGAGAAUUUCCCACUCUCUACCGUCGGCAGCGAGGGGAUAACCAAGAUGUCAACGCUGAACCGGGCAGGGUCAAUGAGCACCGCGCUGCCUCCACGGGCCGAGCCCAGUGUUAGCAUACGCAGCUAACGUCUAGCCAACAGAGUGGCUAAUGCUAAUGGAUGAGUAGUGUAGCGUCUACAGCUGUCAGACAGGGUGUAAACAACAAGGAUACAGUUCAUAUCAAGUAAGCAGCAAACAGACAAACCCUCAAAUGAACAGAGCUGGCAUAGAGCAGCUAACGCUAAUGGACAGAGCUAGCGGCUGAUGCUAAAGAGAGACAGAGUGGAAAUAAGCAGCUGGACAGACAGGACAGACAGAGCUAGUUGGCCCCAGUUUCCAUGAGGUUCAGUCAAUUUCUGAAUUCCUAUAAAGCAUUGCAGGCCGAGCAGACUAUACAGGACUGAUGUAUGCACUUAGCUAAAAUAAAAAUGAACGAACAGAUCCAUACAGCUAAUCAACGGAGCAGCUCGUGGACAGAGAGCACACAUGCAGCUACGCUAGGUAGCACACAGCUGGAGAGACUGCGACAGAGUGACAGACCCAGGGACGUGUGGGCUCUGUUUCCAUGGUGACGGGGUAUUUCUGAACUAAGUCAGUUUGUUCCCAGAAGAAUUGUCGUCACCAGAGUUUGACAUCAUCCUAGGGUGUUAAGCUGCUGUCACGCCAGUCAGAUGGAUGGACAGACGGUCAGUCAGUCAGUCAGACAAUUCCGAACUCAGGGCUGCCUUGAGCUGAUAUGGCAGCUGUCUGUCUAACAUCAGAAUAACCCUGUUGACACUGACAGCCCUCCCUCUCAGUCGCUGUCUCCCUGUGAGCUGUUCAGUAAUCAGAGACAUCAGUCUGAGACAUGCUGAUGAAAGAGACAGAGAGAGGGGAGGAGAGAGAGAGAGUCCCUGAUGUUGCUUACGCAUUGCAGACAGAUCAUACAUACACAGAGCUGGCUGACCGGACUGGCUGUCUGGUCUACUGACUGUGUGGCUGGUCUACUGUCUAUCUGUCUGGGUGGCCGACUGGCUGAUUGGCUGGCUGGCCUACUGUAGAUCUUCAUCAAUAAUUUAUGAUUGUACAGAACAGUGGAAAUGGAUGUAAAAAAAUAUAUAUCAUGAUUUUUAUAUUUUUGUCUAAAAGUAAAACAAAAUUCCACUUCUUCUUUCCAUUUGUGGUCAAAGUGCCAAGGCUCCAGCUUGAUGUUGUGCAUCUGUAAUUUUAUAUAUGGAGUGUUUUUGUUAUUGUUCUUGUUAGCUCUGAUUUUAAUGAUCCAACCAUAUCGCUCAUGUAUAAAAUUAGUAUCAGCUUUGGUGUGUGUGUGUGUGUGUGUGUGUGUGUGUGUGUGUGUGUGUGUAAACCCUCUUAGGUGUGUGUUCAGGAUAUAAUCACCUUAGCCCUUCUCAUUGGCUCCUGCUCCAGACAUUGAGGCCUGUUUGGAUCUUAACAUCAGGCAGUUACCUGCUUCACUAGAGCCAAUCAUGUGUUAACAUGUAACUUCUGCUACAUGCUAAUGUGUUAGCUUUAGCCGGUCCAGAAACAAUCCUGGCCCCUAACUCCUGGGCCCCGAGUGCUGAACUAGAACAGGAUCCUAGUGCAGAUAUGAACUCACCACUGUAGUACCGAUGUCGGAUUUGAAUUUGAUCACUCUUUUGACCCUCUCUCGCUUGCUCAAAUACUGAAGCACUAGACAGUAUUCCCCCCUACUGCUACUGUAGUAAUAGGUCCUAUUACUCCAACAUUCAAAUGUACAAAAAUGUAUCUGAAAUGAACCUAUACAUGUCAACAACAAAAAAAUGUUUUAUGUAGCUUAAUAACAAAAAUAGAAAUUGGUCCACAACGACAUACAAGUGUCAAGUGUAUCCGAAAUGCAGCCGUACAGUAGGCUACACCCAAACUAUAGCCUACUGUAGCCUAUCAAAACGAAUUGCACACAUAGGCCUAUAACAUGAGAUGUUAAGGUGAAAUUGAGAGUAGUGAGGAAUGGAGCGUUAAGGUAAGAGAGCGACUGAUAAAGAAUAAAAAAGGCAAAAAGGUUACGAAUCAACUAUCGAAAUGUAGUUCAAUUGUGGCAUGGGGUGGUCUAGCAGUCAGGGUUGCUACCUUCAGUGCCGUGUAGGCACGGGCUUGGUUCUGGCACACACCCUUCUGACAGCCACGUCCUUCUGGCACCCACAUCCUUCUUGACACAUCAUUCAAACCACCCGAUUGACUUGAUUUAGUUACACAUUUCAAAUACUUACACAUUUCAAAGACACAUAGAUGUAUUUUUUAUUUUUUAAAAGAGACCAUACCAGACACUAAUAUUUGAAAGACUUUUGUAUUUAAUGGGUAACAUAAAUAGGAAUUGUGAAUAUGAAUAUCAAAUAAUAGCGGUAGGCUACGCCAACAUUAGUUUCCAUUUGUACAAAGUGUUGGGGGUAAAAUGCCACAGUCGAUUUGCCGUCGUGGUAAAUGAGGAAACACUUGAUUUCAAUUGUACUGAAUGUUUGUUAAACACAUAACUCACCCUUAGAAAAGGACAGAGGCCUGGGUUCAAUCGGAUCCAUCGUUAACAGGAGAAAGCAGACACCCGCAUAGCCAAUGCUUUGGCGUUGUUGGAGAUGGAACUGCACCCGAGCCAUCAAAUGGUGAGCAGCUGCUCUUGCAAUCAUUGUCAUGAAGCCACACCUGCCACCCUUGAAUUAUGAAAUUCAGAACGAGGAAGUGUACGCUAUAUAGAAAUAAUUGAAAAUCAUGAAACUAAAUAAUGAGGCUUUCUAUCAUCCUCAUCGAGAUGUAUAGUACAUCUCAAAUUCCAGUGUUCCAACUUGUAAACAAGGCUGCAUGGGAUUUCUGUUAAUGCGACUCCGUGCAGCCAAUGGCAAUGUCCGCUUUAGGUAUAAUCAGUGGUGCAGCCAAUGGCAAUGUCCGCUUUAGGUAUAAUCAGUGGUGUCUAUUCAUGGGUGCCAAGGGAAGCCAGGCUUCCCAAAAUAUACAGUACCAGUCAAAUGUUUGGGCACACUUACUCAUUCCAUAGUUUUUCUUUAUUUGUACUAUUUUCUACAUUGUAGAAUAUUAGUGAAGACAUCAAAACUAUGAAAUAACAUAUAUGGAAGUAACCAAAAAAAGUGUAUAACAAAUCAAAAUAUCUUUGAGAUUCUUCAAAGUAGCCACCCUUUUGCCUCGAUGACAGCUUUGCGCACUCUUGCAUUCUCUCAACCAGAUUCAUGAGGUAGUCAACUGGAAUGCAUUUCAAUUAACAGGUGUGCCUUGUUAAAAGUUCAUUUGUGGAAUUAAUUUCCUUCUCAAUGAGUUUGAUUCAAUCAGUUGUGUUAUGAGGGGGGUAUACAGAAGAUUGCCCUAUUUGGUAAAAUACCAAGUCCAUAUUGUGGCAAGAACAGCUCAAAUAAGAAAAUAGAAAUGACAGUCCAUCAUUACUUUAAGACAUGAAGGUCAGUCAAUCGGGAAAUCGUUACUCCUAUCAAAUCCCAUUGAGAGCAAACGUCAUUGACAGAAAAACUGGAAUUGUUGCAUCUCGUUGUGUUGUCCUCCGGUGACUAGCUAGCCGUCUAGCUAAAAUUGUCAUUUUCCUAAAUUAGCCAUGGAUGGAGAUAGGGAUUUGGACUUGUGGUUUUCUCUGCACUGUUCAAUGAUUAUAACGAAACAAGAUUCUCUGGUCUGAUGAAACCAAGAUUGAACUCUUUGGCCUGAAUGCCAAGUGUCACGUCUGGAGGAAACCUGGCACCAUUCCUACUGUGAACCAUGGUGGUGGCAUCAUGCUGUGGGGAUGUUUUUCAGCGGCAGGGACUGGGAGACCAGCCAGGAUCGAGGCAAAGAUGAACUGAGCAAAGUAGAAAGAAUCCUUGAUGAAAACUUGCUCCACGCUCGGUACCUCAGACUGGGGCUAAGGUUCACCUUCCAACAGGACAACCACCCUAAGCACACAGCCAAGCAACGCAGGAGUGGCUUCGGGACAAGUCUCUGAAUGUCCUGAAUGACCUGAAAAUAGCUGUGCAGUGACACUCCCCAUCCAACUUGACAGAGCUUGAGAGGAUCUGCAGAGAAGAAUGGGAGAAAAUCAUCAAAUAUAGGUGUGCCAAGCUUGUAGCGUCAAACCCAAGAAGACUUGAGGCUGUCAUCGCUGCCGAAGCUGCUUUAGCAAAGUACUGAGUAAAGGGUCUGAAUACUUAUGUAAAUGUCAGUUUUUGCUUUGUCAUUAUGGGGUAUUAUGAGAACAAAAAAAUGAUUUCAUCAAUUUUAGAACAAGGCUGUAACGUAACAAAAAUGUGGAAAAAGUCAAGGGGUCUGAGUACUUUCCGAAUGCACUGUAUAUGUGUACAUAUAGGUAGGGGUAAGGUGACUAGGCAGCAGGAUACUAGGGUCCCUUCGGCAGGGCUUGCAAACCAUAGUUGGCUUGGCUGUGCAUCCUGCUGGAGCAUACAUUGUCCAUCCUAAUCCUGAAGGCAUGGUCCAUCAAUACAUAUAUAUAGUAUAUAAUACAGGGCUUUUCAGUCUCAAAAGGCCGUGAUCCUUUGAACGUGUAUUACCAUGAAUAAAACAGAAUAUUCCUCAUUUCAUACUGUAUGGGUUAAAUGGAAUAGUAACUGAAAUAUGGACACUGACUAUAGGCUCACGCAGCGUCAUAUAAUAUAUAAUGUAAUUAUGCACUUCUUGCAGAAAAAUUAUACAGCAAAUGCUCAUUUUGUCUUGGGAACAAGAGAGGAGAAAUAUGAUUCUUUUCAGCAUCUCUUGAGAAAAUGCAAAUGCGCAUGUAAUGUGUUAUCUUUCUUUGACACUGUUAUGCAAGCAGACAGUAUUUCGACCACAUAAAAUAUGCACCCAAGAUGAACUGAAGUCUUUCAUCAUUUUCUCAGGCUUUUUCAUUCUCAUAAAACCAGUCAAACUGAUGACAUUGGACAUUUUGCACAGGACCAAUCUUUCCACUGUUUUGAAAUUCUUGUUAUUUCUCCCAGGUCCCUAAAUGAAACAGACAAUUUUACCUGUGUUAACUAGAUUACUGAUGCAUUCAUUAUAUCAAUGUAAAACAUUAUUCUGGUGAGGACUACUUUAUUUAGUAGAGACUUCUGGGGAAAGAAAGGACAGAAGAAAAGCUGCAUGUAAGCCUAUCUAACUAUAGUCCGACAAAACAAAUGGCUUACCAAAUGUCCGAAAAUAUCAUAUGGCCGACCAAAUGUCGGAAAUGAUAAUAUUCUAAUCAGAUGAAAACAUCAUCACACAACACCCAUGAUGUGCGAAACUGAACCUGCGCAGUCUGUGAAAAAAGAAGUUUACAUACCAUAGUAUCCUGUCUAAGAUCAGCAUAUCACUUUAUAUGGGUUUCUCAUGUCCGGAUACAAGCUUUUUCCGGGUUAUUGUAAACGGGAUAUGAUAUUUAUAUCCGUCAACUUAGAAAACAGAAUACUUGAGUAUCCUGAAUAAUAACGGGAUAUUGGUGUGCAUGUAAACGUGGACAUUGUCAUCCAAACCCAACCCAACAUUUACUCGUGACUCACCUAGGUUCCAAACUCCUUUUUAGAUGAGACUAACUUUAUGUCAAAAAAUUAUCCUAUUUACAGUUUGUAGUCAAUGUUGUCACGAGAAUAAAUGUUUCUGACUCAUUUUGAUGCCACAGAGGCUGUUUUCAAAGGGAUUAGUUAUUUUUUAGGGGCAGUUGCUCUUGAAAGACUUUGGUUGUAAGCAGGACUAAGGUAACACAGACAUCUUUUAGGGCGCAAUAAUGAGGUAACCAAUAUGGUUGCAAUUGAGAUCAGCUGUGCGGAUUAAUUUAGCUGUUAUUGAUGGUUUAACGAAACAUCAACUGACGAUAAUCUAGUGCCAUCAAUGGUUUGCAAUAGGCCUCUUGUUUUUUGAUUAUAUUCUAAUACACUCUUUAUGCUACCCGUUAGCCUGUCCAUUGUUACAUACUGUAAUGAAAGGUGUGAGAACCGAUAAUAGCCUACUGUUUGUGUUUCCCUGGCUGAGUUGAUGAGCUGACUUGAGCCAUCGGUUGAUUGACAGAUGUAGGCCUACUGUAGAACGAUAAACCUUCCUCCAGUGUGGAUGCUCGCCCAUGUUUUAUAGUUAGGCUAUUUACAGUACCUUCAGAAAGUAUUCAUACCCCUUGACUUGUUCCACAUUUUGUUGUGUUACAGCCUGAAUUCAAAAUGAUUACAUAGAUUUGGUUUCUCUCUCCCACCCAUCUACACACAACACCCCAUAAUGACAAAGAGAAAACAUGUUUUUAGAAAUGUUAGCAAAUGUAUUGACAAUUAAAUACAGAAACAUUUAAUGUAGUAUUUACACCCUGAGUCAAUACAUGUUAAAGUCACCUUUGGCAGUGAUUACAACUGUAACUUUGCAUCUCAGGAACAUUCAAUGUUCCUGGUAAGAAACUCCAGUGUAUAUUUGGCCUUGUGUUUUAGGCUAUUGUCCUGCUGAAAAGUGAAUUUGUCUCCUCGUGUCUUUUGGAUUGUAAACUGAACCAGGUUUUCCUACAGGAUUUGACCGGUGCUUAGCUCCAGUUCAUUUAUUUUGUAUCCUUCCCGAUGACAAACAUACCCAUAACAUGAUGCAACCACCACUAUGCUUGAAAGUAUGAAGAGUGGUACUCAGUGAUGUGUUUUGUUGGAUUUCCCCCAAACAUAAUGCUUUGUAUUCAAGACAUAAAAUUCAUUUCUCUGCCAAAUUUUUUGCAGUUUUACCUUAGUGCCUUAUUGCAAACAGGAUGCAUGUUUUGUAAUAUUUGUAUUCUGUACAGGCUUCCUUCUUUUCACUCUUUCAUUUAGGUUGGUAGUGUGGAGUAACUACAAUGUUGUUGAUCUAUUCUCAGUUUUCUCCUAUCACAAGCCAUUAAACUCUGUAAAUGUUUUAAUCCCGGGGCAGUUUCCUUCCUCUCGGGCAACUGAGUUAGGAAGGACGCCUGUAUCUUUGUCGUGACUGGGUGUAUUGAUACAUCAUCCAAAGUGUAAUUAAUAACUACCAUGCUCAAAUGAAUAUUCCAUGUCUAUUUUUUUUAAUUACCAUCUACCAAUAACUGCCCUUCUUUGUUGGGCAUUGGAAAACCUCCCUGGUCUUUGUGGUUGAAUCUGUUUGAAAUUCACUGCUCAACUGAGGGACCUUACAGAUAAUUGUAUGUGUGGGUUACAGAGAUGAGGUAGUCCUUUAAAAAUCAUGUUAAACGCUAUUAUGGCACACACACAGUCAGUCCAUGCAACUUCUUAUGUGACUUUUAAAGCCCAUUUUUACACCUCAACUUAUUUAGGCUUGCCAUAACAAAGGGGUUAAAUACUUUAUUGACUCAAGACAUUUCAGCUUUUCAUUUUGUUAUUAAUUUGUAAACAUUUCUAAAAACAUAAUUCCACUUUGACAUAAUGGGGUAUUGUGUAUAGGCCUGUGACACAAAAUCUCAAUUGAACGCAACAAAAUGUGGAAAAAGUCAAGGGGUGUGAAUACUUUCCGAAGACAAUAUAGUUAUGGUCUGGUGUGGAUAUCCUCUUACUUUUAGUGAGAUUUCCAUUGCUAAGCAGUUAUGGUCCGGCUACAGUAGCAUAAGCCUACUGUACUUUCAGUUCGAUGCCGGCAUUUGAAGUCAUCCUCGUUAUGGAUUUUAAAGCCUGUAUUCUAUGGCUUUAACAUUUCAUCUCGUCAAGGUGUCAAGAUGUUGCAUUUCAGCCUAUCCAAAGAAAAUGUUGUUGAGCUGAGACACUUUUCUUUGAUGUGUAAAUUAUCAGACUAUUCAUUUUACUUCUUGAAUUUUUUUUAAAUGAACUUGUGUGCCUAAAUUAAUUGAAAAAAUGAACGAUCCAAUGGUGGAACUUUCCCACAGUGUGUGAAUCAAAGGUCAAAGGGAAAACUCGCAAUGUAUUCAAGAGUUAAGUCCUCUGAAGUGUUUCAUUUCCUACUCAAACUCUUCGACCUGAAUUCCAGCAUACAGAGUUUAUUUUCUAUUUCUUUGUUGGUUUUCUCUUUCAAUGGUGGAACAUAGCAUAUAUUGUUGCUUGCUAGAUUUGUUCAUGUUCUAUGAAUCAGUUUAGCCUACCUUGUAUUUAGCCUAAUCAGGUUUUAUGUUGGACGUGUGCUCACAAUCAAAUUGUUAUUGUCCAAUGAUUUAUUCUUUCUAAAAGGUAUUUUUUUACAUGUUUGUAAUUGUGUAGCUUUUAUUGUAGAGGUAGAACAGUGUUGGGAAGCUGGGAACAUAUAAUAAAACAACUGAUAUUUAAAAAAAAAUAAAAAAAAUUCCCUGACAAAAUAAAAUAUACAUUUAUUAUAAUCCACAUAAGAAUUCACACGAGACGUGCUGUAUCCUGCAGGUAGCCUACAUAGGCUACUUGAACUGGUGCCCAGCGGAACUGCAGUCUUAAGGUACAAUGUAUGUAGCCCCGCUACUUUUAUAGCCUCGCUACUGUAUAUAGCCUGUCUUUUUACUGUUGUUUUAUUUCUUUACCUACCUACUGUUCACCUAAUACCUUUUUUUGCACUAUUGGUUAGAGCCUGUAAGUAAGCAUUUCACCCUAAGGUGAAUGAAUACCUGUUGUAUUCAGCGAACGUGACAAAUAAACAAACGCCGCUUCCAGUUGUCCCCUGGCGGCGAUUCUAAAUAUUUCUUCAGACAUUCAUAUCCCCUUUUGCUGCAGGAUUAUUCUCCUUCUGCGACAAAAAGGGGUCAAAUUUAAGAUCCGACAUCUGUAGGCGUGCUACAGAGGGUCAUAUAAUAUUGACGAUGUUUCUAUUCCACAGUCUAUCUGGUCACGCUGUUGAUACUCCUGUAUCACAUAUUGAUAUAGCUCCAGUUCUCAUGGUUAAUCGGGCAUGGAGGAUAAUAGAUUGGAAUCUGAAUGUAUUGGCCAGAGAUUAAAUGUUUACAGAGAGACAGAAUGAUGAAAAGAAUACUACUGUAAAGUACUGUUUAGUCAGACCGGUUGGUAUGACAACCACAAGGAGUUGUCUUAAGCAGAAACGAUCAGGCUGUAGAUCAGAGGGGAUAAAAGGAUAACAGGUCCUGGAUCAGAUGGGUUAGAUUGAGGGAAGCUUCUGUACUCUAGCUCCCAGACUUGAACUGUCAUCCUUUCUCUCCACUGUAUCUCUCCACUGUACUCACACGCUUUACUCACAUGCUUACUGUAUUCUGACAAAUUACUGUGCUGCUGUAAAAACAAUACGGUACUGAGAAAUACGGUACUGAGAAACCGGGCAUUCUUAUCCUGAAGGGUUGGGAAUAACCCUGCCUCAUACUUGUUGUGGAUGUUCAUACGCUGAAAUAAGAAAUCCUGAAUUUGAAUUCCUGUUUCAGAAUAGAUGUAAUUAUGGUGUAGGCACUUCCAACACACUUCACCGAGUCAGAGUACAAAACAUGCCAUGGAAAAGAAACACGACACACAUGCACAACAGUGUGUGCACAACACGCGAACACACACACACACACACACACACACAGAGGAGUUAAGACUGCCGUCACCAGCCGUUCAAAUCGCACACAACAAUUUGACAAGACACAUUUGACUCAGCAUCUCUGGAUGAUUUCCUUGCCAAGAAUAUACUGUUUCAACCAUCAACUCCAAGGGCUAAACACCCACACACACUCACACAGUGACACUCACACAGUGACACAUACACACACGUAGCCAUUUUGCUCCUCACAGCUAGGUGAGGAGAGAAUCACGGUUUAUUUCUGGUUUUGUUUCCAAUCCUUUUGAAUUCAUCUGAAAAGAAGAGGCGCCAACUCUAGAUAUGUUACGUUGUGUUUCUAUCUGUGACACGACGAUCUCCCCCUUGCCUUGGUGCCCCACGGUGCAUCACUCUGUGUGUUGUGGAGGAGGCGUUUGGUAGGCUGAUGCAUGUUGCUGGUUCAUUUAAGACACGUGCGCGCACACACACACACACACACACACACACACACACACACUCAAAGACAUGAGUUAAAAGAUAGAUAACAGGAGGUUAAGGCUGUAUGAGUCACGACAACAUAAACAUAAUCAUCGUGUGUGUGUGUGGGUGUGGGUGUGUGUGUUUGUGUGUUGCAUAAUCACCACCCUAAGUGUGUUUGCCCUCACUAAUGAUCACACACUCAUACAUACAGGGACCUUGACAUAGAUUGCAGGGACAGCAAACACAGACAUUUAAUGACACUACAGUGUGCUGGACAUGACUACAGGACAUCUGGACAAUUGAUGCGUGUGCUUUUGAGUGUGUCUGUACUGUAACUUUCAGCGAGAGAAGUUUAUUAUGUCGAAGUGGACUGAGAUUCUUUUCGAAUGCACUUUAAACCCCCCCAAAAAAUAAUGUUUAUCUUUCUUUUUCUUCUGUUUUCUGAUGAACGUAACAGAGCCUCACGCAGAUGUAGCCUCUGAGCCAAGCUUUCCUUUUAGGUGUCUUCAUUGGUUUCUAAUACACUUUCCAUUGUAGAUUGUUAUGAGGCUGAAAUGUUCUGUAAAUGUCUUUGAAUACAAGAGUCCAACCUGUA